AUGACCGAUGUCCGCAAGGCAGUAACAACCUCGGAUGUCUCCCGCCCGAAACGGCCGCAGACGCUGUCGCGGAAAUCAACCAACACGGUGUUGAAAUUGGGCAAGAAUCCCCGGGACCGGGAGAGGGAAUGGGAGGAGGAGCGCUCGUGGGAGGAUGAGCGGGAGAGCUUCCCGCAGUACUGUAUGACCUGUGAGAAGCAGUUCAUCCCGCAGGAUGAGAAAUUCUUAUAUUGCUCAGAGGAGUGCCGCAAGCAUGACCAACACAUAAGCGCAAGGACGACACAAUCAGCAGUAGCAGCAGCAUACGCGCACGCAUCAAUGAGGAGUCCUGAUGGCUUUAGUGGGACUCAGCCGUUCUACUCGGCCGGCAACCCAGAACCCCGGGACAUCAUCCCGCGGGCCUCACCAUCUCGCCCCAGUUCAAACUAUUGGUCACCACCUACCACACCGACGACAAGUUCUCAUUACACUAGCGCCAUCUCAGCUCUGAGGUCGCUGAGCAUACGACCCCCGAGUCCGCCAUCUCCCGUGUCAGCCAACUCAAGCAUCUGGCCAUUCGCCAGAAGCGCUGCUACGAGCCCUAGUACCUCGUACACGAAGCAGCCCGACUUCUACUCCUCGACGUACGACGGGGGCUACGCAACUUCCGGAUACGGUUACAGCACUGGCGGCAUGAAUUCUGAUCGGCCGCUACCCACCAGGAAACCCAAUGCUUAUGCGAGGCCCAAGAGCGUGGAGUUGGUUACUCCGAUGGUCAGCCGAUGA